GUAUAUCUAAAGCUCAAAAGGGUUUACAUCUUAAUGAAGAUAUUUACGCUGGUAUUAACGCAUUUAAUCGUGGUGGACGUAUCAAGCAUGCAGAAUAUUAUCAAUGUGGUAAAGGCCGUGAUCUUGGAUUUAGUUCUAUCCUCCAUUUUACCACUAAAAUCAGUACUGGUAUGGGAGAACAAAUGUUGUCUCGCGAAUAUUAUUAUCUUGGAACACAACUUCCUUUGGAUCGAUUUUUGACAUUCUAUUAUGCACAUCCUGGUUUUCAUGUGAACAAUGUUUUUAUUAUACUAUCGGUACAAUUAUUCAUGUUUGGUAUGAUGUUCAUUGGUUCGAUGGCUUCAACUUUGACUUUAUGUGAAUUCAAUCCGGACCCAACAGCACCACUUAAUCCGCCUGGAUGUCACAAUCUUUUCCCUGUCUUUGAUUGGAUUAAACGUUCAAUCAUCUCUAUCUUUAUUGUGUUUUCUGUAGCAUUUUUACCAUUAUUUCUACAAGAGUUGACAGAAAAAGGGUUCUUUCACAGUGUAAUUCGUCUUAGCAAACAUUUGAUGUCAUUAUCACCAUUCUUUGAAGUUUUUACUACACAGAUUUGUGCCAGUAGUAUAAUGUCAAAUCUUAACUUUGGUGGAGCACGUUAUAUCGCUACUGGACGAGGAUUUGCUACUUCUCGCAUCCCAUUUUCGAUUUUAUACUCGCGAUUUGCUGGACCUAGCAUUUAUUUUGGAAUGAGAAUCUUGUUAAUUCUACUUUUUGUCACCAUGACAAUGUGGUUACCACAUCUUAUGUACUUUUGGGUCACAGUCAUAGCUUUAUGUAUUUCCCCAUUCAUUUUUAAUCCGCAUCAAUUUUCACUCUCUGAAUUUAUCAUUGAUUACCGAGAAUUCUUAAGAUGGAUGUCACGUGGAAAUUCCAAAUCUCAUACCAAUUCUUGGAUUGCUUAUUGCCGUGCAUCUAGGACAAUGAUUACUGGUAAUAAACGAAAACGAUUGGGGCACCCUUCAGAGAAAUUAGUUGAUAUUCCAAGACCAAAUUUUGCAAUUAUUUUUGUAUCGGAAAUCUUAUCACCGUUCAUAUCGGCAGCACUUUGUAUAAUAGCUUUUAUGUUUGUAAAUAGUUUCGACCAUAUAAACCCCGGAACUCCAAACAAAGGACCUAGUGCAUUCAUACGUAUUUGCGCCAUAGCUACUGGACCAAUUGUAAUGAAUGCUAUCGUGCUUGCUGGACUCUUCUUUGUCUCGUUUUGUCUUGGACCUAUUAUGAAUAGAUGUUUUUCCAAAUUUGGAUCAAUUAUAGCAGCUAUUGCACACACUUGUGCAGUUCUUAAUUUAAUUGGAGCUUUUGAACUUUUGUGGUUUAUUGAAACUUGGAAUUUAAGUUACGCAGUAUUGGGAAUGAUUGCACUAACAGCUAUUCAACGAUUUAUUUGUAAAUUUUUGAUCGUUGUUUUUUUAACACGAGAAUUUAAGCAUGACGAAUCAAAUCGAGCGUGGUGGACAGGAAAAUGGCAUGGUCAUGGAAUUGGUGUGUUAAAGAUCACCCAACCUUUCCGUGAAUACAUUUGUAAAAUCGUGGAAAUGACAUUAUUUGCCGCAGAUUUUAUACUAUGUCAUAUUUUGUUGUUCAUGUUAGCACCUAUAUGUUUAAUACCUUGUAUUGAUAAAUGGCAUUCCACUAU